AUGGUGCAACGUGGUGUUGUCGCCUUGGACUUACAUGCCAAAUUGCAUCAAGUUCCGGUGAAUAAUAUAUCCAGGAUUUAUUACAAACACUAUCCACAUCCAAGAGAUAACAUGUAUUUAAAAAUGCGCUAUUUAGUUUUGCUUAAUCUAAUAGUUUUAACUCAUGGUGAUUUUAAACUUACAAAUUUAAAAUGUAUAGAAUUCGAUAAACCGUUUGCCACAAUACCCAUCUGCAUAUUGAAAGUGGUGCAACGUGGUGUAGUUGGUUUGGACUUGCAUGUCAAAUUACAUCAAAUACCGGUGAAUAAUGUUUCGGUAAAUAUAGCCCUAUCAAAGCGGGCCAGUGGUUACAAGCCGUUCUUGUACAAUGUAUCAGCUGACUUCUGUAAGUUAAUGAAGAAUGGACAAAAGAAAUUUCCGUUCAUAUAUUGGUUUACGACACUAUUGGGCAAACAAUCGAACAUCAAUCAUACAUGUCCGUAUAAUCAUGACAUUAUAGUCAGACGUUUAAUUUUGAAGGAGGAAAUGUUCAAAAUAUUGCCAUUGCCCCAAGGUGAUUAUUUAUUCGAUGUUAAGGUUGGUGCCUAUAAUAACUGGAAGGCAUUGAUUAAAGCUUAUUUUACCACGACUAACUAA